UUGGUCAGACGCCUUUUCAGUGUUCCAUGCGGUCUUGGCCCGGCCCCGGCGCUUCUCGGUCCCGGCUCGUUGGCGCUCCGCGGAACUUCGUGCUCUGUGGGUGCUUGCGAAAAUGUCGGCGACCCUUGCGUUCAAGGAAAACUUUGACUCUGAGAAAGCAAAAGGUGCCCUGGAAGACAUUCUAGCUGCGUUUGACCAACCUGAGAACUUCGCAAGGCUUCAAGACGCAAAGGAUCUCGCUGGGAACGACAUGCUCAAGCACAUGCAGAUUGUUUUUCCACUUUUAACGCAAAUAGAAAUGACUGUCAUCGAAAGCUACGGCUUCACACGCGACGGAGAAGGUGUGUUGCAGUUCGCCCAAAUUAUCAAGCAGAUGGAAAGGGAGCACCCUGAAAUUGCACGGCUGAAUGCAGAGCUCCGGGCGCAUUUCAUCCCCCCGAUGGUACCGCCGUCGUUACCAGACAACUGAGAAUGUACUUGCUCAGCGGAAGUUGUACUUUCGAACGAUCCGUUUCAUUUUCAUUAUAUCCAGUCCUUCCGCAUUGACUGACGUUGCUACGCCACCGAUCGCUGGCAUCGGCCGCAUGGCGCAACGCACGAUAAUGGACUGCGAGGAGAAACAGUGCAAAUAUUCAGAUUCAGUUCAGAGAAGUUUGAAAGUUCAGUUUGAUCCGUUUCAGUUGUGUGAAAGUUCAGUUUUAACCUGUUUAUUUAUUUUGAAAAGAAAAGGAAACAUGGGCAGUGUUCAUCAGUCAUCUGCCAGAAAUGAUACUCGCAAACACAUGCCCUGAUCGUGCCUGCAUUAUCCUAGAUCCGUGAACUCUCCUAUAAACCCAGCUUCCUAACACUGCACAUUGCAGCUUACAAGGAGCCAUGCACUACGUGCGCAGCUAGAUGAGUUUCGAGAUUCCUGUGCUGUGUCUGCCAACCUGUGAUCUGUUCAAAAGACCUCAUCUUUUCAUUCACUAAAUGUCACUUCAUUUGAAAGUACUGUAAAUGAUACAUAAUCACCAUGUUGUUGAUGUAGCUUAUCUGUUGUCUAUUUUGUGACAAAUUUUUGUUUUGUUAUGUGGUGUGCCAUUAAAUGUGGAAUAAAACAUUUGUUAAAGAGCGACAAA